AUGCAAUUACGGUCUCUGGGUGGUGCAGAUCAAACUGUAGAUAGUUUUUAAAGUUAUACAUGACCUUGCCCCCAGUCACCUGUCUGGCUAUUUAAAUGUCAUUAGAGACUCUCAUAGCCAUCACACCAAGAGACAGUGUGUUGCCAAAAGCAGACUGAUAGGAGCAUGGCUGGAAAAAGCUCUUCCCUUUUACACUGGUGCAGAGGAAUGGAAUGGGGUACCAAACCAUAUCAAAUCCAUCCCUAUGCUAGGGAGUUUUAAGAUAAACCUUAAGAAAUGGUUUAUGGGCUAA